GGAAUCGAAAUCAAAUAUCCCUCCUUUGUCUCGCGAAUAUCGAUGAUGCCAUUGUAGUUCUCCCACUUUUACUUCAUGCGUCAGGGCUUAGUAGUGUGUAGUGCAAUCGUUCUAGUUAAAGGCAGUACACUUUUAUCGACCUUUUUUUACGAUCUGAUAGAGCUGCAGUUCUUGAGGUAAGCCGCGGAACAGGUAUUUUCAUCGUUGUCCUUGUGAUGCUGCAGAUCUAAAGAAUAAAUGAUAGACUUGAAAAAUCAGGAGCGAGAAAACUGUUCGUCCUUAGCACAUUCGCUUGAUAAGCAAACCAAAGAAAUUAUGGCCUCCGACUCGGUCCAAGUCAGCGCCAAGAAGGCCGCGGCAGGCGUACCCAUCGAAAUAGACCUGGGCGCGCUGCAGAGAGGUCUAACCGUGGGUGACAUCACAAAGCGCCUCGCCGAGCGCGAAAGCAUCACUGAUCUAUCCGCCGUGAACCUGAUCUGCAAGGGCAAGCAGCUCAAGGACGCAGCUCUGUCCCUCCAAGGAGUCCUCGAUCUAAUCGGAGACUCGUCUGGCGCAACCCUCAAUCUGGUCUAUCUAGUGCGCAAAUCCGCUGGAACAAGUAGCACUGCGGCAAGUAGCAGCAGCGGAGCUGCAGCGAGCAGUAGCACCACGACUGCUGCUCCGGCAGUUCCCCACUCCAGUACAACCACUUCCGGAUCUGGUACCCGCACUCUGUUGCUCAUCCGUCACGGGCAAUGCUGCCGCGAGGGCGAAGCGGACGUGCUGAAGGAGCUCACGUCCUUCGGCCACAAGCAAGCGGUGCAAACUGCGGAGCUCGUCCACGAGAAAAUCGUGAAGCAGCUUCCUAACCGCGACGAUCCGAACAAGCAGCUGACAGCGCUGCUCUACAGCUCCUCUAGAAGAGCCACUCAGACGGCGCUGAAGCUCACGGAAUCCGAUAAUUAAGGCUUCCUCUAGAUCUACUGCAUAUACCAUUUGUUUCGUAUAUAUAAUGUCAAGUCGAUUAAUUUUCCCUCGUCUUACUCCCUUGUUCAUCCAAGAUUGAUUAUGAAGUCGGCCUUCCCCGUGUGGAGGUAGAGGUUUUCUGUUCAGAAAACAAGCCUCCAGGGACGCUGUUAGAUCAGCAGUCUUACUUUCCAACAGUUGAGUUCUAAGAUAAGCUACCCGAUAUCACCACGUGGAACGCGGAUAUCCUCAGAGAAACGGACCCGGCGUCGAACCCGAUGCGCGCGGAAGAAGCUUAUGGGCGAUUGUUCGAGCCAAAUUUGAACAGCGACGGCACGCCGGGCCCGGAUUUGACGUUAGUAGUGGUUGCACACAACAAUAUCAUCCUCUACUUUCUCAUGCGCGCGGCCGGAAUCGACAUGGAGCGCGCGGCCAAGGCAUGGAAGAUGUUCACGCUUCGCCAUGCGUCCAUCACAAAGAUCGAGAUCAUCCCGCACGACACGUUCAUCGACGAUCUCGGUCGCAAAUCAGGGCUGAAAAGGAUCGUCUCUGUCGGCGCGGCGGGGCACAUCUCGGACGGGGUCAUGACGUGGGAGAACAUCAAGGGUCCGGAUCUGUCGCUAGAGACGGGUGAUGGACCUAUACGAAAAAAGCUCAGCGGCCGCAGCGUGAUCAUGGUGUGCGCGCCCAGCGAGGACGACGCCAGUACGGAGGAGCAUGCUGCAAAAAAGCAGAAGAUCUCCAUGCAGGAGCUGCACAAUCGCGUGGAGCAGACCGCGGCGCAUCUCAAAUUGCUAUCGUCGUUUAUGGUGUCCGGACAGAACCUGUCCGUCGUCAGCACUAACUCCCUUGCGUCCACCGCGCACGUGAUCGCGCAGCGGUUCCGCGGUAUCAACCCGCAAAUCAUGCCGGACUCAGUGGUGGAACACCCCGAAGGCGCGUUCCUGCAGUUCUUCGGCAUACCUCCGACCGACAACAAGGCGCGGGAAACGGUCAUUCUGAUAGCGCCAAAGAAGCCGCUUAUCUACUGUUUGAUGCGCGCUCUGUACUUCGAGCAGGAGGAGGCGAUGAAACUCGUGGCCGCGGGAACGUAUGGGGCGAUCGGUUCGCUGUCUCUGACGGUGGUCAACGUGCGCGCGGACUCGAGCAAAAAAGUGCUCACGGUGGGCGACUGCGGACACCUGAAUUAGGUUGAUGCCAACGGUGGGGUUGUUUUUCUGAAAAUAUUUUUUAUACGUCGAUGUGGUUUCAACAUAUCUUGGACCACUUUUAGAUCUAGUAGCAGAUGAAAGUUAGGUCAUCCUCAUCGACGGAAAAGUCUGCUUUCUUAUGCUCUCGGAGGAGGAAACAAUUACAAUUGAUUCAAUGGCAUCAUGAAUGGGAAAUUUUGGACAAGAAAAGCGAGAAAACUCGCGAGUUAGAAAGGCGCGACUAGCCAUGCCUCGAUGAGCCACCACGUGAAAACGAAGAAUGUACUCAAGUACAAAUAGAACGGACGUUGUAUCUACACAUAGGUGUAUAUUAAGAAAACCACAGCAGUAAAGAAUGAUCAACUUUAUCCAAAUGCAAAUGGGAAUUGAGCCUGGGUAGACUUGUGG